AUGGCUCUGGAAAACUUUGAGUCAACAUAUGACUGGUUAAAGGGACUCACCUUAUACGCAGAUGAUCAUCAUUUCGGCCUUACCUUUCACGACACCAAAGGCCUGGCAGCAGCCAUCAAGCAGGCAGGGGUUCUCCUUGCAGUCCUGCGGGAUGCUGGUCUCGAUGUCAACGCGCAAAAGUCUGUGGCCUUGCUUGAAGUCAGAGGCCGAGCCCUUCGUAAGGCUGCAAAACAAUGUCAGGGACGUUCCCCCACAGGGCCAUAUCUCCGCAUUCCUAACCCUAAUAACCCCACUGGUAAGGUUGAUUGCAUUCCUCUUCACACUACUGCGGUUUACUUGGGGGUUGUCAUUUCCUACAAAAAUUUUGAAGAUGCCACGGUGCGCCGAAACAUUCGCAAAGCGCAGCAUAGAUAUCAUCAACUCCGGAAAUUGCUGAAUGGCCAUCAUUCCCUAACACAACACACCAGACUAAGGCUGUGGCGGGCGUGCCUGGAGCCGAUCUUCUACUAUGCGCUCCACGUCGUGGGAGUCACCAAGAGCGGCAGUCGUCUUCUGCACACUGCUCUUGUCAAACAACUAAGGGCGGUCUGUGCCAGUCCUGUGCACAUCACCCGCGAAUCCACUGCUGACCUCCUAGGACGCACAGGCGUUGCCUGGUACUACGACACACUUGCUCUCCGAGGGAACACCUUGGCAACAAAGCUGGCGCAGGCCCCGAAGGAAGACACUGUCCUUCAGGAUCCUGCGAUUGCGGCGCAAAUCACACAUGCCAUUUCGACCUUUACACAGGCGAUGAGGGAAUUUGUGCAGGAAACAGACGAGGCCAGGCACUGCUGUGACGUCUGCGGCGCAGCCUUCACGACGAACAGCGGCUUAAAAACGCACCAAAGGCGCAAGCAUGCAGUACGUCCUGUGCAAUCGACCCUUCGAGCUCGUGACAUAGGCCUCAAUGGCCUGCCCACCUGCUCGUUUUGCAAGACAGCGUUCCCCAAAUGGCAGGUUCUGGAGCAACAUGUGCGACUUCUUGCGUGUGAGGGCCUGAGGAGUUUUUGGAAGAUGGAGUCCGUUAACCAUAACCAACCCCCUACCCCCUCUACAACUUACCCUACCCACACUCAUGUCCUCGAAUUUCCUGUCUUCCUCAAUAAGUUUCCGCAAGCCAAACAGAUACUCAUGCAGCCGCAUGCAAAUGCCUGGGGGGACUUAUUCCGGGAUGCUAGUGUUGCAGCGUGGUUGAGACAGCACUGUCCAAUCUGCGGACAAUGGAUUGCAGGCAGCCCUGGCUUCAAACACCACUGGCGCCGCAUACAUCAGGACAUCUGGGAAGCAAUAAGCGCUCUCACGCUUGAGAUGCACAAGCGCAGCUCACAGUACUUUGCACCCAUGGCUGGUCAUGCGUGUUUAGCUUGUUGCUUGACCGUCAAACAGCCACGGUCACAUGUGCAAACUUGUGCUGUUGUCUUUCAAGCGGUCGCGCUGCAAAUCUUGGUGAACCCUGAGUCCACACGACAGCCCAGCCAUGUACAGCAUGGAUACCGCCGAGCCCUCGCAGUACGUGGAUGGACUUGUGGAGACAUGGGGCGAUAUGUUUCGCUCGGCACCAGCACCUCUGGCAGAAGCUCCUACCAGCACCAUGAUGACGCCAGGGCCAAAGAGACGACGGGGGCCGGACGAGUUCCUCCUGACCCCACCAGCUCAUGCGCGCGGGAAGCAGCACAUGGGCUACCAGUUUGCCCCGCCCCGCAUGUCUUAUCCGCAGCCCGACCCGCUCACAGCCAUCAACCUGGUCUCAGCGAAGCUCACGCUCCAGCAGGAGGAUUCCCUCCAGAUGACACGAGCCGACCGCGGCUUUGUCCUUCAUUUGGGGGGGGGGGAGGCUGCAGUGUCCUCGAGGCUCUGGUCAAAGUCUCUCAGAAGUGGCAUGCGACGCACCAAGCACAUCAGACAAGCUCUACUGGCAACGACCCAGGGGAGUCUGCCAACGCCUCCUUGACGUCGAGUGCUACGCAGCCUCAGGUGCCCCUUCGCACGCUGCUGAUGCGAUGCCUGAUCAAAGAGAUGUUGACGCGCCUCACCACGUUCACCCAGACAUCAGAACUGCAGAACAAGGCGACCGAAACGGGGCUCUUCAAGGCAAGCACGGAAGCAGGAGCGGGUGCCGGGGCCUGGACCAUGAUGAGGUGGUGUCCAGACACCCAGAAAAUGAUUCCGGACUCAUGCCGCCCAGCAUGCUCCACCGACCAGACCGUGAAAAUCCUGCAGAGCCUGGAAGCCGACUUGAUGGAUACCACGUUGGUCCUACGCUUUCACAGUCUGAAGAAAUGGCACGAAAUCCAGCGACAGCGCAAGGCAGUGAUGUUGAUCGAGGUGAGCAACAGGAAGUCCUCGCUCCACUCGGGGCUCCUUGCGCUCUGUGGCCACCCGGCGCUAUCCAUGAUAGAUGCCUCUUUGAAGCCGGAGGGCAUGAGAAGAAGCCCCAUGGCGCAGCGCCUAUCCAAGAUGAUUGCGCAGUACGAGCAGCAGAUGGGCGCAGCUCCUCGCAGAUGGGGAUGA